GAGAGCGAAUGGAGGGAGGGGGAGAGUGACACCGAGAGAGAGAAGCCGAGAGAGGGAAGGCAGGCAACAAAACUUUUCACUUGUGAGGAACCCACGGAGGAAAGCGUGUGUGUGCGUGCGCGUGUGUGCCUGCUGGAGCGGCGACCAUGCAGACCACCCCCAUCGUCGAGGGAGGCGAUCGCGACGUAACAGCUUCAACUCGUCGCUUUAUUUUUUUCACACCCUCCCCAAAGCGUUUAAUUCCUUUCACUAAUUACGCUUUUAUAAAUGUCACCGUAGGACGGACGAGCAUGUGUUGCACUUCGGGGUCUUAAAGGAGGAGUCUGGUGAGAAGGCUAACCGUUCCAGCCAUGGCACAGCAGCACGGCUGUGCCCUUUGUGCCAAAAAGGCCAAGAAGACCAAGCCUCCCUGUCUCGACACCUCACUGAGCAACACAGCGUACUUCCAACGUGUGUUGACAAACUGUUAGACAUUUUUGUACCCGAGCGAGGCCAUCUGAGGACAUCAGUUCCCAACUCUGCCAGCCUUGUUCCGACACUCCUCAACAACAUCGUGAUCAGGAGAUGGAAGAAGACAGAAUGUUAGACCGGGAGGGUAGCGGAGCUGAACCGGAACCGAAAGAUGAGGCAAGUGAAAUUCCGGGAGCCAAACAAGGCGCCGCCGAAGACGAAGACCUGGCCGAGAGCAGUCGGCAUUCGUCGGACCAGCAGGGCGCGCCUGCGGAAACUCCCCCUCUUUUCAAAUGCAACGCCUGCCAGGAAACGUUUCCCAGCCGAACUGCCCUGAGUGUUCACUACCACUCCCCAUCCCACUUUCAGAGAAUGACAAUGACAAACGGUGGAGAAAUUGACCCUCCAUCUCCUUACGCCCCCGUUCUUUCGCGGCCAUUUGUGUCCAACAAACCCUACCAGUGUGCAAUAUGCCGAGUCUCCUACAAUCAUUCCAUCACCCUCGAGAGCCAUAUGAAAUCCGUCUUGCACCAGACACGCAGCAGAAACGCCGUGAACAACGCCGGCGCGCUCGGGAACUGCGCAGCCAGUCGUGCCAGCAGUCCAAGGACCGCGGCGGGCACGUCAGCCGGCGGAACCGGCCAGGUGGCGAGCGCCGCUAACUGCGCUGCGACCGGCACCGUGAUGGCGGCGGCGAGGGACGCGGAGCGCGUCCAAACAUCCCAAGUGGCGCCAUCCCUCAUCGCCCCCCCUGUGGCCUCUGCUCAGGCUGUCUCCGCCUUUCUCACCCUCCUCACGUCCAGCCCGAGCACUCUCUCGCAUCCCCUCCUCCCGACCCUGUUUGCACCCGGCCACCCGACUGGCGUGGAUGCGUCUCAGAUCGUGCCUCAGCACCACAUGGUCAUGCCGUUGAUCUUGAACGGACUCCAAGCCCAGCAAACCCAGCAGUCUCCAGACAACCAGCAAGGACAGCUCCUUACCCAGUGUGUGCCAUUUGUAGGUCUCAAUGCGGCGCAGCAAGCCCUCCUGACCCAAAGAAUUAGUUUGUUACAGAACCAGUGGGCCCCCGUUGCACUUCCGACGAAUACACCAGCAGUUGGCGCCAGCGUCAAACAGGAGAACGUGGAAAAGCCGUUGGACCCGAUCAAGGCUCGGGAUGGCAUCAAAACUGAAGAACCCGAGGAAGAGUGCUGUCCCAAUAGGGAAAGCAAAGGGCAAGCUGAGAGCACCGAAGACACGAGCAAAACCUCGACCCAGCAGACGCACGCGGAAACGGAGAAAUCGGCAAAUCCACAACUCGCCCCGGUUGACCUCGAGAAGCGCCUCCCUCACAACCCCUCGGCUUCCCCGUCAAUUCCGAGCAACCCAAGCUACAGCCCUGCGCGUUUGAAUCUCGCGCUCAGCCCCGAUCCCGCUCCUCAAAAAUCCCAGAGAGCAACCAGUCCCUGCGGAUCUCCGGGCACCCCCAAAUCCAGCCCGGUUUCAAAUGCCUUAAGCGACCCAUAUCGGCUACGUUGCGAUACCGUGGAUUCUGUUUGUUCGGAACUUCCGGUGCUGUCAGAGUUUCAGUCUGAGGUCCUUUGGGCUUUCUUUGAGUCGCGAAGUGAGGCCGAUGCUGCUAGUCCCGCCCGCGAGGACUGCGAGGCGCUGGGCAGAGAGGUCGGGCUUUCCGAGGAGGAGGUACGGACGUGGCUUGGCCGAGCCAGACAGGCCAAACGGAGACAGAGAGGCACAGAGCUCACGCACCCGCGCGGCUCAUCGGGAGUGGCAAGGAACGCGCAAAGCAGUGACAAUGACUUUGAUGACGAGGAAAGCUCCUUGAUUAUAGCAGAGGAGGAGGGCGAAGAGCUAGAGGAGGAGGAGGAGGCUGACACGACCGCUGGCCAGGCCAUUGAUUUGUCUCGCACAAGAGGGCAGCGGAGGCCAAGAAGUGUCGGGAGAGAGGCUCGGGGAGAUUCCUGUCUGACGUCCGACUCCGAAAACGAGGUGUACACCUCUGUGAUUGUGACGGACGAGGAAAGUCAGAACGGAGGUUCUCGGGAGGCCCCGGACAGCGCCGCCAAAGACGAGGUGCAAAAUGAGGUUGAUGGUGAUCAUAAAGGCUCAAGCGGGGGCAAAGUCCUGCGCUCCACAACAGUCUUUCUCUCUGACGCGGAGGACGAAUAUGACGAUGAGGAUGGCGGCGGGGCUCCCAGGUCCGGGAGGAAGAAACGGAAGGCAGAAUUUGAACAUGAGGUGGAGGUGAAAAGGGAGAGACUGGAUCCGGAUGUGGACCUGGAGUUGGAAGCCCAAGGGGAUCCCCCAAGCUCGCUGCCCUACUCGCUCGAUCAGAUUCCAUGUGGCGCUUUGCGCUCACUCCCCCUUUCUCUGGCCCCCUUCUCUGCUCAGUUCCUCAACCCCUACGUCCUCUCACUAGCGCCUUCAUUAGUCGGAGUCGGGAGCAAAGGGCCGUGCUUUUCAAACGCGUCCUCGACGGCGCCUUUCCCCGCGACUCUGCUUUCCCAAUCGCCCUCUCCCAGAAGCCACUCCUCUCAGUACUUGUCCAACGGCGGUGACUGCGAGACGGCGCUGGACCUCAGUAUGGGGAAAAACACGUCGUCCUCGUCGCUGGUCGACAGCAUUUCGUCAACGCCGAAAGGCCGGUUGCUGGACGGACUUGGCCUGAGGCCCACCUCUGAGGGCCUGGUGGUGGUUCAGGUGAAACCCGACUCUCUUGCCGCCGCGCCUUCUUCGUACGCUCGCGUGAAUCCGCUCAACAGCAAUAACCUGACAAAGCCCAGGAUGUACACCACGCCCGACGAGCAAAAGAACGUCGCGCUGUGCGACCAUGACCACGUCGGAGAGAAGGACAAGGAGCAAGAGCAACAGCAGAGGAAGGCCAAAGGGAAACGGUACCGCGACAUGCGGCGCUCCAGGACCAUCAUCCAAGCGGAGCAACUUGACAUCCUCUACGGAUGCUAUUUCAAAGAUCCCAACCCCGGAAAACACGAGUUUGAACAAAUCUCAGAAUGGGUCCACCUUCCCAAAAAAGUGGUUCAGAUCUGGUUCCAGAACAUGCGGGCCCGGGAGCGCAAAGGCGAGGUCCGCUUCAUCAGCGACGGCACCCUGGCAGCCGUCGGCAAACCGCUCAUCAAGUUCACCUGGCCGCUCUCCAAGCCUAUCUUUUCAAACAAGGCCGUCGAAAACAACGCCGGCUACAUCGCAACCGCUCCAAUUGUGCGCACCCUCAUCAAGACCGAGGGUAAGCCCGUGAUGGUGAAAAAAAGCACCCCCGUUCCAAUCAAGCCCAAGGAAGUGGCUCCCGCCGUGCCAAAGACCAAGCUUGAAAGCACCGUGGUCAAAGUGGCAUCGGGCGGUGCCCCGACCCUUUUGACAACUCUCAAGGAGCCCGUUCCCAUCGCCCCUCGACUGAAUCGGCAGAAGAAAUGUGAGGAGGCGGACGAGGACGACGAGGAGGAGGAGAGCGAGGAGGACAAAACUGACGAGGAGCUGGACGGCGAGAACCAGGCGGCACCUCGGACCGUGAACCGUAUGGUGCCCAAGCUGCCCGUCGCGCCCAUCGAGAGCGGGCCUCCUCCCGCGGCCAUCUUGCCCCAGAAACCAAACGGCCUGAGCUACUGGAACCCCAAAGCCUCGAUCAGGAUCAACACUCUGUCACGAGAGCAACUGGCUCUUCCCGCUCACUUGCCUCCUCGCACCAUCCCGCCUCCUCCCACCCCGAGCAUAGCGCCGGUCAGCCCCAACGGCCCCAACUCGGCCAAGGCGGCCCGCUCAUCCGCCCCCGUCCUUGGCAAAUCAAGCGCGGCGGAAAACAACUUCCUGGCCCAUUCUUCCAGCCGUCGGCCUCGCACGCACUUGUCCUGCCUGCAGCUCUCCAUCCUGCAGUCCUGCUACGAGACCUGCGCCCACCCCAACGCCUUGGAGUGCGAGGCCAUCGGCGCAGAACUGAACCUCCCCCUCAAGGUGGUGCAGAUCUGGUUCCAGAACACGAGAGCCAAGGAGAAGCGCUGGAGGCUGCAGCAAGAAAAACUGGGUCCUCAAGCCGGCGGGAAGGCGUCGAUGAGCUCGGGAAGUUACCUGCAGUACAACGCUCUCAAAGCCAACCGUCCCAUCCUGCCCAAACCCGUUCAGCUCACCAUCACGGAAUCUCCCGCCUCCCCGGCGAGCGGCCAGUCGGCGCCCGGCGAGACGCUGACGGGCUGCUGCGACGUCUGCAAGGUCUCCUUCGAAUCGCGGGCGGCGGCGCGGGCCCACGUCUUCUCGUCACUCCACCUGGCCAAGCUGCGCACCACUAACUUUGGCCAGCCCGCCGCGCUGGUCAACAAGAACGGAACUGGCAACGGAGCUUCGGGCGGGGUCAACCUCAGCUUGCAGGUCUGCCGUUCGUCCACGGUCACCGGCUCCGGCUCCGGCGGCGUGGUCGUCAUUGAGUUGCCUCCACCUCCGGCUACCAGCAACAGUUAAGAAAACGAGAGAGAGAGAGAGAGAAAAUCAGAUCAGGAUUGGUUUGCAACACUGACUGUUUGGACCCAUUUGGGCUCCUCCACAUUUGAGCACUAUUCCUCACCACCUAACUUCAUUGUUUUUGCUUUUGAAGUUGGCUUUUUUUUGCCCUCAACACCCGGUUUCCAAUUUUCAACCUUUUUGAUGACUCGAAUGGACACGUUCAUCCAGUUGGACCCCAAACCGUUCUCAUGCUGCUGCUGCUGAUCGCAUCAGUUUGCCACCGCGUGAGUGAUGGAUCGUGCUUCUUGAAAUGGUCUCAACCCCUUUUUAAUGUCAACGACAAAACUCUAAAGGGAGUGACUUCCCAGGCGUGAACCGAAGAGACCGGCGCAAAAGGUUUUUCUGCGCCAGGUCACUAUUUGGGAAAACAUGGAAUACUCCCAGUCAGAACUCGUACGUCGCCCCUUCCUGUGGAAUCUUUUUUUUUUUUUUCUGGGGCAGGGAACGCUCUCACCUCCACAGCAAAGGUUGCUUGCGUAUGACAUGAAUGGACUGAACAAAUGUGAUGCAUGUUGACUUGUCGCUUUUAUUCAUUUGUGAUCUGCCGAGUGUUGCGUGUACAUCGUUUGGGAUAAAAUAGAGGUACUUAAACGAGAAUAGGGCUUUUCAACCCCCCCCCCCCCAUUCCCAUGUUUAUAGUCAUGACAAUCCAGACAAAAAAAAAAGUUUUAGAAAUUGCGAGGAAUCUUGGCAUACCGCACUUUGACGCAUAUUAUAUUGUUUGAAAUGUUUUGAAGCAUUCUAACGCCGGUGUCUUUUUAUGGAAAGAUUGGCUCAUGCAUGUUGGAUGCCUUAAUAUCAUUUUUUUUUUUUCCUUGCUCGUCUCUUAAGUCACGCUUUAGGUGUGCGCAUAAUAUUGCGCAAGAAGCAAAGCUAGCGGGGUCUGGAAGUGAAACCGAGCGCCGUCCCCGGUCGCUUUUACAAUUGGGGAAAGGCGGGCGGCGGGGGCUAUUUGAAUGUCCUUCCGGUGACCUAACUUGAGCAAAUCCCGCCGAGCUUUUCUCAGCCGAGGACUAAACAACGGCCGACUCGUGCGGUGUCGCGUGAAAACGAAGCCCACUGUCGUGACAGGUCACGCACAAACACAAGCCACGAGAAUGUCGGGCUUUGGGCUGAAAUUUGGGGAAGAACCGAAAAGGUGAAC